AUGCCCGUCCCGACAUAUGUCCAGCACGAAAAGAAUAUCUGGAUCGCAGCUGGGGACGGCGACUUGGAGCGAGUGAGGGUGAUCGUGCUCAUACCUGCUGCAGCUCUAUCGCCCAAUGUGCCCGACGCAAAUACGUAUACGCCCAUGCAUGCGGCAGCUUCAUACGGACACCUGCAUGUCCUGGAGUACUUGAUAUCACAAGGUGGCGAUGUGAACAUCACAGACGAAGAUGGAGACACGCCCCUUUAUGCCGUCGAAAACGUCGAGACAGCGCGGUACCUGGUAGAACACGGUGCCGUCGUGGACCGCAGAAACGCAGAUGGCGUCUCGCCCGCGGACUAUCUCGCGGAAGACUUCCAGGAGGUCGCCGCGUAUCUCGAGACGAUCUCUCCGACUCGCACGGCCGAUGCAGCACCGUCGCCUGCCCUGUCGCCUCCAUCCCACCCUCAGCCGUCCCAACGCGCACAGGACCUGGCAUCGGAAAGCCUGACGUCGUCCUUGAUCCAGUCCGUGCAAGGCAUCAUGGAGCGCGCGGAGGCCGAGGGGCGGGACCCAGACGAGGAAUUGCGCGAGGUGGUAGGGAGGACUGUGCUUCAGGGCGUCGUGACGGGGUAUGGGAUGGGUGCUGAGAGCAGCGAUCGCACGGCGGAGCGCGAGGAGGGGCCUGGAGAGAAUGGUGCGAAGAGAUCGCGGACGGACACCGGGCCCAGUUAG